GCUGGAAGUUGUAGUCUGAGCCAGUCUGCGGAGGGGUCUGCGUAUCAUGGCCGCCGACACCGCGCUCUCGUACUCUUCCGCUUGGCAGCAGAAAGUUUCGGUUCUGUCCCAGCGUGGACCCACGAGCGCGUGCCACCUCGGCGUCUGACCACUGCUGAGCGGCCCCAGGCAGGAGGCCCACAGCCAGGAAAGGCGGCCCCUGACGGUCCCGGUUACCAUGGCGUCCACCAGCGUGGAGAGCCAGCUGCAGAGAAUCAUCCGCGAUUUGCAAGAUGCUGUGACAGAGCUAAGCAGAGAAUUUAAGGAAGCAGGGGAACCCGUCACAGAUGACAGCACCAGCUUGCAUAAGUUUUCAUAUAAACUUGAGUAUCUCCUUCAAUUUGAUCAGAAAGAGAAGGCCACCCUCCUGGGCAACAAGAAGGACUACUGGGAUUACUUCUGUGCCUGCCUGGCCAAGGUGAAAGGAGCCAAUGACGGGAUCCGAUUCGUCAAGUCUAUUUCAGAGCUCCGAACAUCUCUGGGAAAGGGAAGAGCAUUUAUUCGCUACUCCUUGGUGCACCAGAGGUUGGCCGACACCUUACAGCAGUGCUUCAUGAACACCAAAGUGACCAGUGACUGGUACUACGCAAGGAGCCCCUUUCUGAAGCCAAAGCUGAGCUCUGACAUCGUGGGCCAACUCUACGAGCUGACCGACAUCCAGUUUGACCUGGCAUCGAGGGGCUAUGACCUGGAUGCUGCCUGGCCGACGUUUGCCAGGAGGACCCUGGGCACUGGCUCUUCUGCUUACCUAUGGAGACCCCCCAGCCGAAGCUCCAGCAUGAGCAGUUUGGUGAGCAGCUACCUGCAGACUCAGGAGAUGACCUCCCACCUUGACCUGAGCAACCCCUUAAACCAUGAGGCACUGGAGGGCUUUGACGAGUUGCGGCUAGAGCUGGACCAGUUGGAGGUGCGGGAGAAGCAGCUGAAGGAGCAGAUGCAGCAGCGGGAAAGAGAGAACCAGGAGCUGAGGGCGGCCGUCAGCCUGCAUGGAGAGCAGCUGCAGGCAGAGAGAGAGAGGGGCCGCGCUGCCGCCGAGGACAACCUUCGCCUCGCCGGUGUGGUGGCCGCACUCCAGGAGCAGUGGGAAGUCACCCAGGCCACACAGAACACUGUGAAGGAGCUGCAGACGUGCCUGCAGGCCCUGGAGCUGGGGGCCUCGGAGAAGGAGGAGGAUUACCUCUCAGCCCUGCGGCGGCUGGAGUCCCUACUGCAGCCCCUGGCUCGGGAGCUCGAGGCCACACGUGACUCCCUGGGCAGGAAGGACCAGUGCGCAGCUGAUGUCCCAGACCAGCUGAGUGCAGCCGAGCAGAACGCUGACAUGGCACUGGACGCAAAGGGGCAACAAAAGCGCAUCCCCAGUGACUCGCCCCUGGAGACUCAGGAGCUGGGGGAGAAGCUCCUGGAAAGGGAGAGCACCCAGCUGGAGCAGCUGGCCAAAGAGCUGCAGCUGAAGGAGGAGGCCCGGGCCAGCCUGGAGCGCCUGGUGGAGGAGAUGGCCCCGCUCCGGGAAGAGCUGUCCAGGAAGGGGCAGGAGGCAGCCCAGCUCCAGCGUCAGCUGCACGAGUCGUUGGCCCACUUGAGCUCCCUGGAGGAAGAGCUCGCGGAGGGGAGGCGAGAGGAGCAGCGGCGGCAGGAGGAAAAGGGGCUGCUGGAGCAGGAGGCCAGGUCCCUGACGCGGCAGCUGCAGCUCCUGGAGACCCAGCUGGCCCAGGUGAGCCAGCACGUGAGUGACCUGGAGGAGCAGAAGAAGCAGCUCAUCCAGGACAAAGACCGCCUCAGCCAGAGGGUGGGGAUGCUGGAGCGACUUGCUGCGCAGUCAGGCCCAGAUCUGCCUGUGGCGGCUGCGGAGCACGAGGCUCUGAGCCCCACCCCGCAGCAGGCCUGUGAGAAGCUGGAGGAGGAACAGAGGGGCCUGUGGGAGGGACAGGUGGACGAUCCCAAGAUGCAAGGGGCCGGCCAGGAGAAGCUCCAGCAGGCCAACAGGGAGCUGGAGAAGGAGCUGCAGAAUGUGGUGGAGCGCAACCAGCUGUUGGAGGAUAAGCUUCAGGCCCUGCAGGCUGACUAUCAAGCGCUGCAGCAGCGGGAGGCGGCCAUCCAGGGCUCCCUGGCCUCCCUGCAGUCAGAGCAGGCCAGCAUCCGGCACAUGGGAGACCAGAUGGAGGCAAGCCUCCUGGCUGUGAAGAAGGCCAAGGAGACCAUGAGGGCCCAUGUGGCUGAGAAGGAGGCUGCCCUGCAAAGCAAGGAGGCCGAAUGCCAACAGCUGCGGGAGCAGGUGGAGCAGUGCCGGCAGCUAGCGGAGGCCCGGGCUGGGGAGGUCAGGGCGCUUGAGGACCGGUGCCGCCAGCAGACCCAGCUGAUCGAGACCCUCACAGCAGACAAAAGCCAACAGGGGUUCAGCCCACCUCAAGACCACGCAUCCCAGGAGCUAGCAGCCCAGCUGGCCCUGUCUCAGGCACAGCUGGAGAGCCAUCAGGGGGAGGCCCAGAGACUGCAGGCUGGGGUGCUGGACCUCCAGGCCAAGCUGCAGGCAGCCCUGGGUGACCGGGAGAAGGUGCAGAGCCAGCUGAGCGUGGCCGAGGCCGCUCUGAGGGAGCACAAGGCCCUCGUGCAGCAACUGAAGGAGCAGAACAAAGCCCUCACCAGGGCCCACGUUCAGGAGCUGGUGCAGUGCUCGGAGCGUGAAGGGGCGCUGCAGGAGGAGAGGGCCGGAGAGGCCCAGCGGAGGGAGGAGCUCCAAGUAGUGUGGGAGGAGCUGUCCCAGGCAACAGGCAGCUCCGAGGAGGCGCAGCUAGAACCUGCUGAGCUGCAAGAGCAGCUGCACUGGGCCAACACGGAUAUGGCCGAGCUCGGCAUCCAGGUCUGCGCGCUGACCGCGGAGAAAGAGCCGCUGGAGGGGGCGCUGGCCCGCGCCAUGCAGGAGCUCCAGGAUGCCAAAGAGGCAGCCUCCAAGGAGCGGGAGGGCCUGGAACACCAAGUGGCAGGGCUGCGGCGAGAGAAGGAGAGCUUGCAGGGGAAGCUGAAGGCAGCUGAGGAGGCAGCUGACUCACUGCCUGGCCUGCAGGCCCAGCUGGCCCAGGCCGAGCAGCAGGCCCAGAGCAUCCAGGAGACUGCACGCCAGGAGCUCGACACCCUCAAGUUCCAGCUGAGCACCGAGAUCAUGGACUACCAGAGCAGACUUAAGACCUCCAGUGAAGAAUGCAGGAGCCUCAGGGGCCAGUUGGAGGAGCAAGGUCGGCAGCUACAGGCUGCCGAGGAGGCUGUGGGGAAGCUGAAGGCUUCCCAGGCCGAUGCGGCAGAGAAGCUGAGCUGUACCGGCAAGCACCUUGCUGAGUGCCAGGCCGCCAUGCUGAGAAAGGAUGAGGAGGGGGCCGCCCUGCGCCAAGACUUGGACAGGACCCAGAAGGAACUUGAAAAAGCCACGACAAAGAUCCAGGAGUAUUACAACAGACUCUGCCAGGAGGCGACAGACAGGGAAAAGAAUGACCAGAAGAUGCUUGCUGACCUGGAUGACCUGAAUAGAACCAAGAAAUUCCUGGAGGAGCGGCUGAUAGAGCUGCUCAGGGACAAGGAUGCUCUCUGGCAGAAGUCAGACGCCCUGGAAUUCCAACAGAAGCUCAGUGCUGAGGAGAGGUGGCUGGGGGACACGGAGGCGAACUACUGCUUUGACUGCAAGCGGGAGUUCAGCUGGAUGGUGCGGCGGCACCACUGCAGGAUAUGCGGCCACAUCUUCUGUUACUACUGCUGCAACAACUACGCUGUGAGCAAGCACAGCGGCAAGAAGGAGCGCUGCUGCCAGGCCUGCUUCCAGAAGCUGAGCGAGGGCCCCGAGUCCCCCGACAGCACCAGCUCGGGCACCAGCCAGGGAGAGCCCAGCCCCGCCCGGUCACCAGCCCAGGCCGCACCCCAGGCCACCGGAGGCCAAGGUGCUAACACAGACUGCCGGCCGCCAGACGAUGCCGUGUUUGACAUCAUCACAGAUGAGGAGUUGUGCCAGAUACAGGAGUCCGGCUCCUCCUUGCCUGAAACACCCACCGAAACUGAUUCUCUUGACCCAAACGUGGCUGAACAGGCCACCACGCCAAACUCGCUAACCCCUGAAGACGCUGCAGACACGCCCGUGGGGCAGGAUGCCGAAAUCUGCUUGCUGAAAUCGGGAGAACUGAUGAUAAAAUUACCCCUCACGGUGGAAGAGAUCGCCAACUUCGGGGAGGGCAACAGGGAGCUGUUUGUGAGGUCCAGUACCUAUAGCCUCAUCCCCAUCACUGUGGCCGAGGCAGGCCUCACCAUCAGCUGGGUCUUCUCCUCUGACCCCAAGAGUAUCUCCUUCAGUGUGGUGUACCGGGAGGCGGAGGACACGCCGCUGGAUCAAUGUAAGGUGCUCAUUCCCACAACCCGAUGCAAUUCCCACAAGGAGAACAUCCAGGGCCAGCUCAAGGUCCGCACACCAGGCAUCUACAUGCUCAUCUUCGACAACACCUUUUCCAGAUUCCCACUGCCCAGACCAGAGAAGAGCCCAGUAAAUAUAGUGGAAGGAUUAGGUGGAUGGAUGGAUGGAUGGAUGAGAGAGAAGCGAAGGAAUGAAGGCUAAAGUUUGAGACCAGAGCUGUGAGGACCAGAGCUGUGAGGUUUGUCUCCAAGAAAGUAUUUUAUCACUUAACGGUUGACCGGCCUGUGAUCUACGAUGGAAGUGAUUUCCCGUAGCCUCAAGCACGUGGAUGUUAAUAGUUUCCCGUUACCCACAGGAAACACUACUCUUCCUCUCCUGUUACAAAACCCAAAAAACAGCAACCAGCUGCUCUGAAGCCAUCAAGAUCCACUGUGCAGCGGGCCCUUGGCUGCCCUUGGAGCUGGGUUCCUCGUACUCAGCACCACGCACGUCACUCUUAGCCCUGUGGCUUCUAAGGGCUCAGGCAACGUUUCCAUUGUCCUCACACCCAGAGGGACACUAUGCCAAAGUUUCAAACACUCAGGAGACCACUGGCCUCUCCUGGGGGCACAGUUGGUUCCAGGCCUCCUGUGGAGAGUUUCCCAGGCGAGAGAGGAUCCCAACUUCUGCUCAGGGAGAGACAUGGCCCCCCCUGUGCCCAGCCUGGGGCCACGCAUCAUGGGUGACCAUGAGCUGGGAUGCCCUGGCCAGACCCUGUGAGGCCCUCGAGUCCUCCCAGGAAAAGGAGGUCGGGGCACCCGGGGGCCCACCCAAGAUCCCAACCAGCCUCCUCCAUCAUGCUCCUGUCCCUUCCUGCCCCGUGAGUCCAGGGCUGCUCCAGAACUCAGCCAUUUCAGAGGGUCCUCCAGCUGCACUUGCCUCCUGGCCCUUCUGUCCUCAAGCAAAGCCCUUCACUCAGCCAGACCUCUCAACGGCUCAAAACAUCACCCUAAGAAUCAGAAUUGAAGCUAAUCCAGGGAACAGAACCCACCUACUGAGGGCCUGCAGUGCUGUCUGUCUACGGACGGCCAGAGCCCAGAUGCUGGGUAAUGUCAACGCCAUGACCAAAACGCAGGGUUGUGCAUCAGCCUAUAGGGCUCACUCCUUAGCCGACAGCCUGUCUUUGUUUAUAUCAAUAAGAGCUUCUGCCUCA